AAUAAAACUCUUGCGUAUGUAUCUAAUUUAGUGAUACGUAUUUAAUCAUAUUUGGUACAACGAAAAAAAAACAAGAAAACUCAAGCCAAUAAAAAGGAAUAGGUGUAGAUUUUAGGUUAAUACAAUUUGAAUAAGCCUACACAGUAGAGGAACAUUGUUUGGAAUUCACUUGACUAUUUACUAACAGUGUCACCUGCCCUGCAGGGACAUCAAUCUACACCAACAUCUAAAACAAAACGUGGCAAUCUUCUGAAUGGCUGUCUGUGUCCAAGGCGCUGCUGACCCAUACUUGAAACAAGUGACACCCAUUUUGAAAACAUACUGCAAAACGAUCCAGAACAUAACUGACCAACCUUUAAAUAUACAUCCUCAGGAUCGUGUUCUACGUCUCGAUAUUAUUUUUCACUAUGACUUUCCUUUUAUCAAAGUAAAACGAAUUGCCUCUAUUCAGACAAUAAUCAGACCAUCUAUCAUUGAAGAAGCUUUGCUAACAUUGGAAAUAGCAGAAUCUUACACGGAGAGACUAAGAAAUGUUUUGACAAAAUAUUUCCAAGCCCACGGAGAGUCUAUGAGCAAAUCAGACUUAUCAAGGAAAACCAAAAGACUAUUGGAAUUAAAAAGUGGAAUUGAUGGCUUUUUAGCAGUGGUCGAUAAAAUAAUUGAAUAUUAUACAUUCAGCACAGCAGGAUUGCUGCUGGAUGGACUUAACCUUCCAAGUUUAGAGGAUCUCAAGGAACAAAAAGCAAAAAUCUGUGCUGUAAAUAAACAACUCAAGUUGAAUGAACUACACUCAACAUUUGCAGAUUAUAAAGAUGAUUUUAUGACAUCGGAUGCAAAUAUUUUAUGCGCACUUUUAGGCUUGAAUGAUGACUAUCAACAUUUUCUGGACAAGCUUGAUGACAAAAAAAGAGCACAUCAUGAUGAUUUAUAUUACAUAGUUAGGUUUCUGGAAGAAAGAGAAAAGGAUCUUGAAUACGAUCCCAAUGAUAAGGGCGCUGAAGGAUUGUGUAAGAAUUUAGUCAGCCUAGGGUUUAUACAAAAACGCGCUGAUGUUAUUACAAAAAACAUCCCAUCUGAGCUGAUAGACCUUCAGACGCCUUCUUAUUGGGCAGAAAGAUAUUUGAAUAAUGUAUUUCUGCACCACCCACUGUUAUACAAUGCUACAAGAUAUCCAUAUUCAAGGGAUAAAAAGGAUGAAUGGUUUCAAGAAGAAAUUCCAACAGGCAACAGAGAAGAGCCCAAUGAGGACAUUCCAUCAUUCCUAGUUAGAAUGCGUAACUGCAUCACUGAAAAUUCUGUAUUUGUGGAAGAUUAUUUAAAGAAAGUACAAGAAGAGGAUAGAGAAAGUGUACUGUUAUAUCAUGGUACAACACAUGCUGAUGCUAAGUCAAUACUUACAUCAGGAAUAACGCUAGGAUCCGGCAAAACUGGUCAAGAUUUCUCCAGCGGUGAUGGAUUCUAUGUGUCUGAGACACUUGGAGAUGCCAAGAAAUGGAGUGACGCAGCAAGAGGGAAACACAGUGCUAUGCUGGUGUUCAAAGUUAAAAAAGAUUUGUUGGAUGCCAGCAAGGAAAAUGGACUCGAUCUGACUCAGGAUGAAGAAAAGUGGCAACGAAUCAUCAGCCUUUGUCGUGCUCGGUAUGAUGACCUCAAAGUCAAACAAAUGCUGCUAAAAGGCGUCUCAUUUGUAAAAGGCUAUAUGUGUUUAAACCCAAAGGCAGUUGCUGAUGGUCAAGAAAGGGUUGAGGGCUUCGGUCAAACUGAGAUACAUAUUUGUAUCAGAGAUGAAGAUUAUGCUGUGAAAUUUGGUAGUUUGGAGAAUAUUUGCUGUGUGAUUUUUUAUUAGAAUGUAAUUGUUUGAAAAAGAACAAAACUAAAAUCCGUUUUUUAUAGUUCAUCUUUGGUCCUGAAUCUAUAAAUAUCUAUAUAUAAAUCUUUAUCACCUAGACACAUAUUUUCAUUAAUUGUGGAAUAUCUAUAUAUAGCUAGCUUUUCGUGCAUCUAGUCGAUAGAAAAAAUGGAAAUAAUAUUGUAAUAACUUAAGCGAGGCAACUCAACGAGAUAUAGAUGACGACAUUAAUACAUGUAGAACAGCAUCUGUCUUGAGCACAGCAUCUUCAUAUCAGCUCUGACUUGCGCGGAAAUCGUUCUCCUCUUUCCUAAUGUCGACAUCCUUACCAGUCAUAUCUCUUAUAGUGCGCACCGCCUUCACUAGCUUGGAUGGCGGUGUGCAUGAUAGAUUUAUAACAAUAUGUUGUUGUUGAUUUUUUUACGAUAUUUGUUUUUUUUCUCCCUUUUUGGCACAGAAAAAACAAUGUUUUAAAUCUCCUUUGGCUGUAGCUCAAUUUGUUUUUAUAUAGCUGAUAAUUGUUAAGCUCAAUUUUGAGUCCUUAAGAUUGUUUUAUUUUACCGUGAAAAAU